UUUUCAACCUAUCAUAAUCAUAGUAACCACAGCAUAGAAACUUGUCUGAUUGAGAACAAAUAAAUAUACUGGUAAAUAUAAUCGUGUUUUCAGUAAAGUUCAAAUCAUUACUCAAUCUUUAAAAGCAGUUAGCAACUAAAUUAUCCUUCAAUAGUUUACCCUUUAUCAUUAUUAUUAAAAAAAGUUAUUCACAUAUCCAAGAUAAAGAGAUUUCAUAAACAUUCCAAUAUUAUUCACUGAUAAAUUUCAACUGACUUUAUAAUUACAUGAUAAGAAAUGUCCAUGUAUAAAAGUAAUAAUUCUGUGGUCAAAAAUGCUGAUAUGUCGAAUGAAAUGCAAAAACUUGCUCUUUCUAUUGGAUAUGAUUCAGUUCGAAAAUAUGAAUUAGAAAAAGAUAUAGCUGAUCAUUUAAAAAAAGAGUUUGAUCAAAAAUAUGGUCCAACAUGGCAUUGUAUAGUGGGUAGGAAUUUUGGCAGGUAAGUCUUUAGUUUUUAUUGUUUUUAUUGAAACAGAUAUAUUUUGAUUGACUUCUAAUCAUUAAACUGAUCUUAUCUAGGCCACUGUUAAAAGCUAGGAAGUACUGGACAGCAGUUUCGUCCUACUAUGAAAUUCUUCAGUAGUGUAUAAUCACGGUUACUCUACAGUAAAUCAAAUUCAGGAUCUUUGGUGUCACGCAUGAACGCUUGUUUUUUUAGAUGAAUGAUGUCUAAAUUUAAUUCAUUCGUGAUCAUCAACAUCAGUGCACGAUCAUCUUCCAUCGUAUAUUGUAGAUACUUAACCAGAGAAGUUCAACCACUUCGAUUAUGAAACAGUUAUCCACCACGGGCAAUGGAAGAUGGUCUCAUAAUAUUGUGAAUUAAUUGGAAUUACAAUUGUACACCAUCGGUUGCACAAAGAUUUUGGUUUUUGAACAUGAAACUUAAGGUCCUGUGUUUGAUUCACUAUUAUGAGGUAGUGGAGACGCACGGCUGAAUCUCAUGCUUGAACAAAAUAGCUGUCUAAAGCUUUUCGGUUUUCGAUAAUGGUCUAACCAAUAUCUGUUCACGGUCUAAAGUUUAAGAAACCUCUAAAACUCCAUGAAACCCCAUACUGAUAAUAUAAAAAUUUAAUGAAGUAUUGGGUAAAUUCAGUUAUUAUUGAAAUGAAGAAGAUGAUUUGUAGCUCAUGUGGAUGACAUUUUGACAUUGUGUAAACUGAGCUGUAAGGUUAAGAUAAAAAGUAUGACAAUCAAAAUAAUUAUACAUACAAAGACAUGAUAUUGUUUAACUACAACCAUUUGACACUAAAGUUGACAGAAUAUGCUGAUAGUCAUAUGCAGAGAUAUUUGAUUCCCUCACUUUUUAUGAGGUAUUUGUUGAUUAUAUUGUCUAGUAGGACAAUAAACCACCCAGCUUAAGGAAUGCAACUUCACCUGAAACUUAUCGUGGUCACAGACGUUAUUUAAAGUUAGAAUAGAUCAUAGUUUCUUUAUUUGAUCGAAAACCCCAAAUUAUUAGAAAUAAGCAAGUUCAAUAAGAUUAUAUCAGCUCACAACCUUAGAUGUUAAUGUGUAUAUUAACUACAAGUAAUCAUAGAUAAUUGUUUCCUUGGAACUGCUACUAAUACUGGUACUACUACUACUACGACUAUUGCGAUUACUAGAGUAACAUGAAACGAAAUAUUAUUACACAGAAGAGAUACAUGAGUUUCACCUAAUUCUGCUCGGAUGUGAACUCAAUGCUCCUAAAAUCUUAUUACUUUUUUUACAAUAUAAAGAGUCCUUGAUUAGCAUUUAAAGCAUGACGAGAUUUCAGUACGAUUGCAGGAAGCUUACUGAAUGUUUGCAUAUUCAAAAAAUUUGGUAAGUGGGUUAAUGGGAUUGGGAAUCUUUAUUGACUCAGCUGGCUGAGACAUGUGUUACGUACAAGCAAUCACCACCUACAUCGACGUUUAAUGCAGGUUAGAGUAGAAUUACGUUGUAGAAAAGCUUAGUGAGACCAAACUAUGACAUGACAUAUAUCUACAUAAUUGCCAGUUGUUUGUCUGAGUUGUAUAUGUUGAAUCCACACUAUUUGAAUGGAUUCCACCGAAUAAACGUAACCAGUGUCUGGAGACGUUUGGCGACAUAGUAAAGAGUCACUCACAGUGUUCAGAUAGAUUUAUUCUUUAUCUCACUUCAUAUGUUAAUAGAUGUGUUAUAUCCCCUGGUGAAUUAUGAAUGGUAACUCUAAGGACUAUUUAUCGACCAAUGUAUUAUGCCUAUUUCCUAUUGUGCAAUUGUUACGUAACUGGACUAUUCAUAUUCGUGUUUCCCUUAUCAUUAGCUUUAUUUUGACCUUGACUUAUUAUCAUACGAUUCUUGAGUUAUAAUCAGUUUAUUGAUUACUUUGGUUUGUAUAAAACCUCAGUGUGUUUGUAAAUAAUGAUUUACAAACGUUCGACAUUGAUAAAGAUAUUGUUAGUUCUUACGGAUAAUGUUGUCUGAAGGGCUUCAGUUGAGAAUCAUUGUCAUACUACCGAAUCAUCCAAAUGAGGCAAUUCCUUUCCUUUACAGCUUAGAAGUUUCAAGUUUAUUUAACUACCCAUAUUUAAAUACACUUUCUUCAGCGAAAUAUAUGUGAGAUAUAUGGAAACAAAAACUAUCAGAUUCUAUCGUCUUCAGAGUCUUUUUAAGUCAAUUGUACAUAUCAACAAAUUUUAUCUAUUUGGAUCCUUAUAAAAGAUGCUAGUGGUACAUCGCUUAUAGUGGUUCAAAUAAGAAUAAUGACUCUUGCUGUAGCCAAGAAUAAGGAUUUAAAUUUCUUAAGUUCCUCUAAGGAACAAUGUGGAUUACAAUUGUCAGAAGAAAUUAUCAUCUUAAGUAUAGAUUGGGCAAAGUCAAUUAAAACUAUAACACUGACUGCAAAUUAAUAACAUUGGUCCUGUAAAGUGGUUAUGUGGCUAUACUGUAGUGAGUAAGAACUCUAGUGAAGAAAACCAAUCUAUUGUAACAACUAUAAUUACACAAUGUCUUUAAAAAAAAUGAAAAUCACACAAUAAAUACAUUAUUUACAGAUCUUCCUUUAGUUGAUCUUUAUGUACUCCAUGAUUCUUUCAAUUCUGUUGUUAUUCUAAUUGUUCUCUGUUUCUUUUCCUCUUUUCUUUAAUUCAAUAUUCUUCUGGCAAACAUUUUACUUUUGAUUUCUGCUACACAAUACUUAAAUCUGUCAGCAUAUGUGACGAACACCACAGUAUUAUUAAACUGGAAGUUUUAUUUUCUAGAUUAGACUUGAAGCAAUAAAACAGUCCGUUCAAAAUAAUGCUCUUACAUAUCAGAUGUUUACGUACUGAAAACGUAAUUUUAAAGCAGAAAUACAACUACAUGCCAUUUCGUAAUUGUUGCUAUCUAGUAGAGCAUUUUGUUUCAUCUCAAUUGUGUAUUUGUUACAAAUCAUGUUCUAAAUUCAAAAAUGGUUAUUUGAUACUGUUUAAACAAAGUAAAGAGAAGUAUUAACAGUACUAACCCAUCUCGUCAUUCAUGAAACUACGGUUUUUUGUAUUGAGAAUCACAUCACUAUACUUCAUAAAACGGUUUUCAUAAUCUGAAUACCAUAUAAAUACUUAUCAUAAAACCUGAUGUAACGAUUCGUUUACAAUGGUGUUAAUGUCUAACUUCAACUAAUCCAUGAAAUUGAGCGACACAUCUACCAUUGUCUUCAAUGGGUUACUAUCUCACUUCAAUUGACUCAUUAUCUCAACUAUUGAAAUUACUAUAAUAUUCAAAAAAAACCCUUCUGAUAUUAAUCAACAUAUGCUCACUAGUGACUGGCUUCAACGGGUAUUUCCUGGAGUUCUAGUGAG